CUGCCUUCGGCUCAGGCAGAGGCCUGGCCGCCCGGAUUGGCGGGGUCCUGACGAGGCUCAAGGGGGCGCCGUGAUUGGCUGGAGUUCUUUGGCUCGAGCCCCACUUGACAACUGCAGUCAGGGAGAGGCUGUGCGGGAGCCGCCGCCGCGGGGCCGGGGGAGGGACCGCCUGCCUGCCUGCCUGACCAAACGACUGAGGCACUGACGGACAGACCUCUGUCGCCAGCAAUCCUUAGCAGUGCCCUCGGGCCUGGCUUUCUCCUCUGUCGCAUCUCUGGCUUCCCGCCGGAGCCCCCAGGCUAUCAACAAUGACUGCUGAAGAAACAGUAAAUGUGAAAGAAGUUGAAAUUAUCAAGUUAAUUUUAGACUUUCUGAAUUCAAAGAAACUUCAUAUCAGUAUGUUGGCUCUUGAGAAGGAAAGUGGAGUCAUAAAUGGCCUAUUUUCAGAUGACAUGCUUUUUCUGAGACAGCUAAUUCUUGAUGGCCAAUGGGAUGAAGUUCUUCAAUUCAUUCAGCCCCUAGAAUGUAUGGAAAAAUUUGACACAAAAAGGUUUCGCUAUAUCAUUCUGAAACAAAAAUUUUUAGAAGCCUUGUGUGUAAACAAUGCAAUGUCAGCAGAAGAUGAACCUCAGCAUGUAAGACUUUUAUUUCUGAAGUUGGAAUUUACCAUGCAAGAAGCUGUGCAGUGCCUCCAUGCCUUAGAAGAAUACUGCCCUUCUAAAGAUGACUAUAGCAAACUCUGUCUAUUACUUACUUUGCCUCGCCUGACUAAUCAUGCAGAAUUCAAGGACUGGAACCCCAGCACUGCACGAGUUCACUGUUUUGAAGAGGCUUGUGUUAUGGUAGCAGAGUUCAUUCCUGCUGACAGGAAACUAAGUGAAGCUGGCUUUAAAGCAAGUAACAAUCGUUUAUUUCAGCUUGUAAUGAAGGGACUACUUUAUGAGUGUUGUGUUGAAUUUUGUCAGAGUAAAGCAACUGGAGAAGAAAUCACAGAAAGUGAAGUACUUCUUGGCAUUGACCUUUUAUGUGGUAAUGGUUGUGAUGAUUUGGACUUGAGUUUAUUGUCAUGGCUUCAAAAUCUUCCACCUACUGUUUUCUCUUGUGCUUUUGAACAAAAGAUGCUGAAUAUUCAUGUUGACAAACUCUUGAAGCCUACAAAAGCUGCAUAUGCUGAUCUUCUUACUCCUCUUAUCAGCAAACUUUCUCCUUAUCCUUCAUCCCCAAUGAGAAGGCCUCAGUCAGCUGAUGCAUACAUGACACGCUCUCUGAAUCCUGCUUUAGAUGGCUUAACUUGUGGUUUAACUAAUCAUGAUAAGCGAAUCUCAGAUCUUGGAAACAAAACUUCUCCAAUGUCACAUUCCUUUGCUAAUUUUCAUUAUCCAGGAGUACAAAACCUUAGUAGAAGUCUCAUGCUUGAAAAUACAGAAUGUCAUAGUAUUUAUGAAGAAUCACCUGAACGAAGUGAUACUCCUUCAGAAGCACAGCAUCCUGUGAGCAGUGAAAACUUAGAGCAGGGUUCAGCUUCAGAAAAAGAGCCAGUCAAUGGAACACAAAAUCCUGUACCAGCCAAGCCAGAAAAAAAUGAGCUUCGUGAUUCAACAGAACAGUUUCAAGAAUAUUAUAGGCAGAGAUUACGGUAUCAGCAGCAUUUAGAACAGAAGGAACAGCAGCGACAAAUUUACCAGCAAAUGCUACUUGAAGGAGGUGUAAAUCAAGAAGAUGGUUCUGACCAGCAACAGAAUCUUACUGAGCAGUUCCUUAAUAGAUCUAUUCAAAAGCUUGGAGAAUUAAAUAUUGGUAUGGAUAGUCUUGGUAAUGAAGUACCAACACUUGGCAAACAAUGUAAUGGAAGCAAAGGAAAUGGAUCUAACAACACUUCUGCUAAUUUUGUAACACCUCCUCCAGACUCUACUCAGAGGAUCACUCCAGAUUUGCAAAAUGUUAAUACAAGCACUCCUCUUAAUCAUGCAUCAAACCAGAUUCCUCUUCUUGAAGAGUCACCUGUCCGUGGAAACCAAAUUUCAACAGACCAUUGUGUCAUUCAGCCACAUUUUUCAGAUUCUUCAGGUGCUCUAUCAAAGUCAAGAGGUGAUGAGGGUGACAAGUCAAAGAAGCAGUUUGUUUGUAUUAACACCUUAGAAGACACACAAGCUGUUCGAGCUGUGGCUUUUCAUCCAGUUGGUAAUUUGUAUGCUGUUGGCUCAAAUUCAAAAACCUUGAGAGUAUGUGCCUAUCCAGAAGUCAUUGAUCCUAGUGCAUAUAGCUCUCCCAAGCAGCCAGUGGUACGGUUUAAGAGGAAUAAACAUCAUAAAGGAUCAAUCUACUGUGUAGCGUGGAGUCCUUGUGGCCAAUUAUUAGCUACUGGCUCUAAUGAUAAAUAUGUUAAAGUACUACCUUUUAAUGCGGAGACUUGUAAUGCAACAGGACCUGAUCUGGAAUUCAGUAUGCAUGAUGGGACCAUUAGAGAUUUGGCAUUUAUGGAAGGUCCAGAAAGUGGUGGAGCUAUUUUGAUAAGUGCUGGAGCAGGAGAUUGUAAUAUUUAUACAACAGAUUGUCAACGAGGGCAAGGCCUUCAUGCUCUGAGUGGUCAUACUGGUCAUAUUUUAGCACUUUAUACCUGGAGUGGAUGGAUGAUUGCAUCUGGUUCCCAAGAUAAGACUGUGAGAUUCUGGGACCUGCGAGUACCAAGCUGUGUUCGAGUUGUGGGCACAACAUUCCAUGGAACUGGCAGUGCAGUGGCAUCAGUAGCUGUUGAUCCUAGUGGCCGUCUCUUAGCUACUGGUCAGGAAGAUUCUAGCUGUAUGUUGUACGACAUCAGAGGAGGACGAAUGGUACAGAGUUAUCAUCCUCAUUCCAGUGAUGUUCGCUCUGUUAGAUUCUCUCCUGGGGCUCACUAUUUACUUACAGGAUCUUAUGAUAUGAAAAUAAAAGUGACAGACUUACAAGGGGACCUCACCAAGCAGCUUCCAAUUAUGGUGGUAGGGGAGCACAAGGACAAAGUGAUUCAGUGCAGGUGGCACACAAAGGAUCUUUCCUUUUUGUCAUCAUCAGCUGACAGAACUGUAACGCUUUGGACUUACAGUGGUUAGAAUACACCUGUAGACAACCUAUGCAGAUAAAGCACAGAGAUUUAAGAUGGCUGAAGUGGUUUUUUUUUUUUGUGUGUGUGUGUGGGUUUUUUUUUUUUUUUGUUUGUUUGUUUGUUUAUUUGGUUGGUUGUUUUUUGUUGUUGUAGUUGUUGUUGUUAAUUCAAACAAGCAGCAUCUGGCCAGGAGAGGGAUUUAGCAAGAGGAGGCAUUUAUCACAGUUUAUCUCAUUGCUUAGGAGAGAUGGGUAUUUAGUAUUAUUUUGCAAUGCUUUCAGGUCUUCCAUGUGAAUUUAUGCUGCUGUGAUCUAUUGUAGUCUUGUUGCCAAAGUAUGUUGGAAAAGCCCGUAAGUUGUCACUGUGCACUCAAAGUUAAGGUUGAUAAUGUGUUUACAUUUUAGUAUUAAAUGCAUUCCUUGUUCUUUGCAUAAAUGACAGUUUUCUAUAUAAAUUUAAAUUGAACUAUACUUUAAUAAAAUUCAUAUAUGUACUUAGUUCCAGACAGAUUAAACAUAAACAGAAAUGACUUUUGCCAUUCUCACAGUUCCAUUGUAUGCAUCACUUAUUUAGGGGUAAGAUUUUUGUAUGCUUCUCUAACGUUUCAUGGUUGUUUUUAAUAUGUAAGUAUCACUAUGGGACUAAAAAAUGAAUAUACAACUGCUUCUUGGUUUGAUUCAUAAUGAGAUAUAAGCCUUUUCUUUUAAACCAGGGAGAUGAUGAUUAUUUUGUUUUCUAAUCUAUUUCAGAGUAAAAGGCAAAAUACAUUUGCUUCAAACAUUUAAUUUCUUUGUUUUUUUGAAUGCAACUGUAUACCUCCACUCUAAAAUGUACUGUAGAAGAAGCAGAUUAUCAGCAUUUAUCUUUUGCAACAGUUGAUGGUACAAUCUACUGGCGAGCAUUUUUCUCCUCUUCAAUAAAACCAUUAAAAACUUAACUAUGGACUAUAGCAUGGCUUGAAAUGCUAUGUCUGCAUGAUAAUUUAAAAAUGGAAAAUAAUGAUUUUGGUCCAAAAGCUUAUUGGAGUUUUUUUUUCUUUGCAAGGUUUAUGUAAAGCAGAAUUACAGUUUUAUUUCUAAAGAAUUGUAGAUCCUAAUGUUAUGUAUUGUUAUAUUUUCAUAUUGUACAGUUAUUUUCCGUUAAAUUAUGAUAGGUUAUUAUUUAUUUAAGAUGCAGUUGAGCUUUGGUUCUGAUAAUUGCUAAACUGUCUGUGCACUGUAGCAAACAUUUUUAACUAUUGUAUACAAGUGGAAAAGGGUAUUAGAAGUGUAACUGUGCUAUAAUCUCAAUAAAGACCUCUUGACACCUUAA